GCCAUCCAAUGUGUCGCUUUCUGAAUUAUAGGCCGCUCAGCUCUCCAACCUUCCCUUUUAACGUGGUUGAACACCUUUACUAUUUUCCCAUGCUCAGUGUGACUUAGUCCAAUGACACACUGAGGGGCUCAGGGCUGCUAGCUGUCGGAGAACAACGGUACACCUGGAUAAAUGCACAUCCCGGACAGAAACAGAAACAGAAACACAGACAGCAUGCCGACAGAGCCAAGCCUGCCUGGUCCAGAUGGGAUCAUUAGUAACUGUGCAAUCUGUGGAGAUAAAGCCACAGGGAAACACUAUGGAGCCUCCAGCUGUGAUGGCUGCAAAGGCUUCUUCAGACGCUCGAUACGCAAGAGCCACGUCUAUACCUGCAGGUUCAGCAGACAGUGCGUCGUGGAUAAAGAUAAGAGGAACCAGUGUCGUUUCUGCAGACUCAACAAAUGCUUCAGAGCUGGCAUGAAAAAAGAAGCUGUGCAGAAUGAGAGGGAUCGGAUCAGUUCCCGAAGAAGUAUCUCCGACUCCCAAGACCUUCCAACUAUUACUAUUUUGGCCCAAGCAGAAUCAUUGUCCCACCAGAGCACUACUCCGGUUGGAAUAGCAGACUUGUCAGAGCAGAAGUCAGCCACUGUAGGGGACAUAUGUGAUUCUAUGAGACAGCAGUUAUUGGUGUUGGUGGAAUGGGCCAAAUAUAUUCCUACUUUUGGAGAACUUCCACUGGAUGACCAGGUGAGCUUGCUUCGGGCUCAUGCUGGUGAACACCUCUUGCUUGGGGUUGCCAAAAGGUCAAUGCCAUUCAAGGACUUCCUGCUUUUAGGUAAUGGCUGUGUGAUCCACAGAGACAGUCCUGAACCAGAGAUCUGUAGGGUAGCCAACAGAGUCCUGGAUGAGCUGGUGCGGCCCUUCCAGGAAAUACAAAUAGAUGACAACGAGUUUGCAGCACUCAAGGCUAUUGUCUUUUUUGACCCAGAUGCAAAGUCUUUGCGGGAUCCUUCGAAGAUUAAGACCAUGCGACUGCAGGUUCAGAUGAGUCUGGAAGACUACAUUAAUGAUCGUCAGUAUGACUCCAGAGGUCGUUUUGGAGAGCUGUUACUCCUGCUGCCCACCCUGCAGAGCAUCACCUGGCAGAUGAUCGAACAGCUCCAGUUCAUUAAGUUUUGCGGCCUAGCCAAGAUAGACAACCUGUUGCAUGAAAUGCUUCUAGGAGGGCUUGCAACAGAACCCACACACCUGCACCAUUCAGCACACACCCAGCUGGCCCAGGACCCUGUGACUGGACACACAUUGGUCAUCAGUACCAUGCCUGUCAAUCACACUCCACAAAUAGCCUCUCCAGACACUCCCAUCCCAUCGCCCCCGCAGGGUCCUGCACCGGAAAUGUACAAACAUUUUCCCCAGCCUGUUUGUCCUCCAGCGAGCCCUUCACCUUCUGCACAGACAGACCCCUGACUCUUUCCUGCAUUAUGUCAACGAAUCUGACAGCAGAUCAGUUUCCUUGCCCCCUGUUCAUUAUCCAGGCAUGGUAUGAAAAUUAUGACAGAAAUCUCUGUUCAGUGUCAACAGUUAGACUUUCCUACCCCAUGACUCCUGGAGCUCCUGAUACAAUAUCCUAACUGGUUAUGUGCACCACAUUUCAAGGUUUUAUUUUCUUACAGUGGCAAAACUCACAAAAGAAAAGCACAAUGUUUAUGCAGUCUUUUUCAGGUACAACCCUGUCUGUGUGUGUCUGCGUGUGUGUCUAUGCUUAUUUGCUUAUUUCCUGGCACCAGAGUGUUUGGCAGCGCAGACUCUGGGUAUCCUGAUCAGGCGGCGCAGUCAAACAUUGGUGCUCAUUUUAGCACAAAAUUGUAUUUGCCUUAAAACACGCUCAGACCAUGUCUUACCCAUAGUCAUCACACCGCAGCAAGAAUGAUACGUGUGCUUCCACUGUAGUCACUGAUAUGAAAGAGGGAUUGUAUUUAAGUUGCAAUGAUGGCACAGCAGCAACUUUAUUAUUCAUUUAAAUCUCCAGACUUGGCAGCAGGAUCCGUCAACUAAAGGCAUGUUCUCUGUUUUUCUGAGCAUCACACUAGAAAGCUAUUUCUCAGAGAUUUAACAGUGAAAUCAUCUGGAGUAAUGCAGCUGUCCCCAGGAUGAGUUCCGAGCUCCAUCAAAAUACGUUCGCACACACACACACACACACACACACACACACACACACACACACACACACACACACACACACAUAUUAUGUGUAAUACAAAGUCCAGACUCUAUCUAAACUUAUAUAUAUUCACAUUACAUUCGUAUAAUAUUUCAUUUUGACCACUGGAAUCAUAUUCAUAAAUAUUUGCUCACAUGACUUUCAUCCAACCUGAAUGUUAAACAAGUAAACAUGUUGGUGAAAACAUUUUAAAACAAGCUCAAAUGCAUGCCUUCCAAAUUUAUUUUUAAAUAUCAGGGAUAGACUCCCGCAGGGGUCCAGUAGCCUUUAAUUUCGCUGUGCUGAGUAAGGAAGAUAAAAGCUUGCAGCACACCGGAAGAAAAAAAAAAGUCCAGAUGGUGGCGGCAGGAGCUCUCUUCAUGGUUUCGCUGAAUUUCAGUCUGACCGUUUGUUUAACAAAAUUAUCUCUAAGUGACCUGAAGACUGUUUAUUUUGUUUGAUGAGUAUUUUAAACUGGUAUUUUGCAGAGACACUCUUUUAUAUUUAGAAUGCUGACUUUACUUUUAAGACAUAAAUGGGUCUGUUUAAAUAGGCACUGCUGACAGCCUAUUUAAGGUGAUGUAGCUUGAUUUUUAUUUUGAAAUUCGUGUGCUUUCUGUUUCACCUGUUGCUGCUUUUGUGUCUGAGCCUCCAUCAGAGUUUAAUAUUCUGCUGCAAAACUGGGAUUAAUGAAGGAAGUUGUGCAUCUAUGUGGUCACUUAAAACCAUUAACUGACUGAUGGUAUUCAAGUCAGUAAGGCACCCUUCUUGCUUAGUGAAAUGAAAAUGUUUUUUUUUAACUUUCUUUCUUGUCUUAAAUUUCUUACUUGAUUGGUUAUACAUAUAUAUAAAACAUAUAUCUACUGUAGAUCAAUCCUAAUGUACUAAACAGUACAGUUUAUAACUUAUCUGAAAAUAUGUGAAUGUACAAAAAUUGCUUUUAUUCAUUAUAGGAAAAAAAAGCUAUUGCAAAAAAAUAAAUAUAAAAAAAAUUAAAGAUACUCAGGAAAAAAAGCUGGCUAUCACAAAAAUAAUACUGUUCUUUUGGGCCUAAUACAUCUAAAACUGUGCUCACCUCUAAACUAAAGUAUGUACACAGGAAGUAAAUGACAGUUAUGCAACAAAAUUAUAUAUAUAUUUAAAUUUGUAGUUAAUAUUUGAUACUGAGUUAUAAUACACAUAGCUUACACAAUGAGACUUGCCUGAUAUACAUACAUAUAUUAAUAUAAUAAAGAUCAGCAUUGCAGUAAUGAAAUUCAUGAUAAAUGCAGAAAGGAAUGUGGAUAAUAUUUAACUUGCUGUAUAUAUUCAAAAUUACAGAAAAUAUAAAUCCAUUCAGUUUCUUGAAUCAGCUGUAUAUUUUGGUUGGUUUGUACUGAUGAUGUGUACAUUUCUGAAUUUAUAUGUUGAUUAAAAGACAAUCUUUAAGAAGUGCUUGUGAAUGAAUUUGUCAAUUUGGAUUAACUGUAAUGACCUUGCCAUUCAGUACAUUAUGCUGUAGCACAGUACUACCCUCUAGCUGUGAAGAGGUGAAAUACAACAGCGUGCCAGGUGUACUACUUGUUGUAUAUGUAAUAUAUGAAAUAUUAUAUGUCUAUGCAUUCAUUCAUUUUUGUGUUUUAUA